CUUAACACUUCUUUCAAGUUCCCUCCAUAAAUUGCGUUCGGGUCCGGCCGUUAACGAGAUCCCCUCCCUUCGAAAGCUCUUCUCGUCGUCUCCGAUCUCUCUCCCGCACUCGCCUUCUUCUCUCUCGAAUUUCCCAGAUUCCUCCGGUUCCGCUCGCGAAGUCGAUUCAAUUCGCUUCCUCAAGCUCGAUCCGGAUCGUUUCUUGCUUUCGCUCGAGUGGAAUCGACGUUGAAGAGGCGGAUCUGUCCCUUCCAUCGUCGCGAGUUGGAUCGAGGUGAAGGGAAAUUCCUCUCUCUUUGACAUCGACGGUAUCUCUGUCGGAAUUUUGGAGCAAAGGAUUUCCGGGAUGGAAUUCAAUCCUUCGGAUAGCAGUGGUUGUGAUAAUUUGUGGGAGAUCGCUCUUCUCCAGGGGGGAGCUAGGGUUUCUUGAACUCGAUAGCUGAUACGGUUGGUCCUAAAUCGGUCUUUGCAUCGUUUGAUAGUCGUCUUUGGUGAGAUGACAGAGUUGAUGAAGGAUGGAUUCAUGGUCCUGACGAUCCUGUGCUCUGUCUGACGUCCUUACAUUCGGAGGGAACUGAUGAUGAUCUUCCUCCACCCCAUCAGAAUAAGGGUAUCAGAGGACACAUGAUGACAGGUUACAAGAGGAACGUUGUUGGUGCUAUGCCCUAUUCCAGGAUGCAAAAUGAUAUGGAAAUCCAAAUACAUCAACUUGAGCAGGCAGCAUACAAUUCAAUUCUGCGAGCUUUUAAGGCUCAAUCUGAUGCCCUUACUUGGGAGAAAGAAAGUCUAAUAACUGAUCUACGAAAGGAGCUUAGAGUAUCAGGUGAGGAACAUAGAGAACUAUUAAGUAGGGUGAAUGUGGAUGACAUUAUUCAAAGAAUAAGGGAAUGGAGACGAGAAGGUGGGCUUCAGUCUGGGUUGUUUAAUAAUAUUCAAUUGGAUGGUCCUACUCCCAGUCCUAGCAUUUCAGCUUCUCAUAAGAGGCAACGUACUCAGGCUGCACCCUCAUUGUCUUUCGACGCACCAUCUCCUGGUUUGCACUUGCAGCCUUCAUCAUCAGCUGCAAAAAGGAGAACGGCAAUAGGUGCAAAGGGAAAGAAACCUAAGACAGUAAGUAUCAGGUCAAUAAAAUUUACUCGAUGCCAUUCUUCUGACAUUAUGCAAUUUAUCAUGCAUUCUAAUUCUCGUGUUGAAGUUACAUCCACAAUACAGAGUCAAGCAAUACCUAGUGCUGCUUCAACAAAAACUAUGCAGUAUCCUUCUGCAGGUCCUAGUGGAAGAGGCCAAGUUCCUGCAUGCAAGAAUUCUUCUGGUGCACCUGCUGUUAAUGAAGCAGCUAAAAAAAUUCCAUGUGACCCACUAAUUGGGCGAAAAGUCAUGACUCGGUGGCCUGAAGAUAAUAACUUCUACGAAGCUGUUAUCAUGGAAUACAAUCCAGUGGCAGGCUUGCAUGGUCUGAUUUAUGACGUUGGCACAGGGAAGGAGACAUAUGAAUGGGUCAAUCUUAAGGAGAUUCUUCCUGAAGAUAUAAGAUGGGAAGGUGGGGAUCCAGGUAUCAGCCAUCGUUCUGGUCAGAGCAUUAAGAAGCCCUCAGGCCGCACUCGUGCAGCUCCAGGAGCAGGGAGAGGAAGAAUAACCAGGAAGAAACAGGCGAAGAAAGAUUUUCCACCAUUCCAGAAUGGCAUCAACAAGAAGAGCCUCGACCACUUGGAGAUCUUCAACACCGAGAUGCUCAUAAGAGAAGUGGAGAAGGUUUUUGUUGCAAACCAUCCUGAUCCUGUUGCCAUGGAGAAGGCCAAGGCGUUGUUGAAAGAGCAUGAACAAUCGCUGAUCGAUGCAAUUGCGAGGCUGGCGGGUGCAUCUGAUGGCGAAAGUGGUAACUAGAAGGAGACGAACACCAGUUUUCACAUGGAGCAGGAUCAUGGAUGGAGAAACCAGCAACACCAAGCUAAUCUGAUGUCGAUGGCACAGGUCACAGGCGGUUUUUAGAGGACCUUACAAUGGUGACGACCACCACCUGGAGAUGCCAAAGACUAUGAUACUAACUUAUGAAAUCCUUGUGUCUAUAUUGCUUUAUACUCGGUUGACAUACAGUGGCAAAGGAACACGGCAGCAGCCCAAGGAUUGGAAGCUGAAAUUACAAGCAAAUGCAGCUUAACAACUCACUGGUCGGUACCUUGAAAAUGCUCAGGUGAAGGGUCCAAUUCUCGGUACUUGUACGCAUUCUUCCUGACAUUUGAAUGCAUUAUUGCAAUUACAAACAAUGCAAUUACAAACAAAGAGUUUUGCUAAAUGCAAUGGCCCAACAGAAGCCAUUAAGUGCA